GCUGCUGUUUGGGAGACUGUUAUUUGUGUGUAUGUCGUUAUUGCUGGUUGAUUACAUCGAUCCUACAUUUAAUUAGGAGAAUAUGAAUCUUAGUGACUUUUAAACUGUGUUAAAGUGUAGAUUUGCUGUUAUAAAAGAACGAUAUAAUGCAGGAGGAAGACAAACUAUCCGAAAUAACCAUGAAUCCCAACGACAUACUUCAGCAGUAUUUAGAGCUCUUCACGAGCGACACUAGCCAACUACUGUAUGUACUCGCCUCCAAUGCUGUCCUCGAUUGGAACGGAAUCACCGUAAGAGGUCGUACAAAGAUAGUCAAGUUCCUGCGCCGGAAACAGCAGGAAGGAACGAUACAAAUGUUUUCCGAUGCUACCAUGGUGGAAGCAUUCGAAGAACGCGAUACACACAUUGGAACUAAAACCACACCUCCGGAGAAUCUGGCACAAUGUUUAGAUUCUGAACAGAUGCACGAAUCACAAAAGCCGCUGCUAGCCUCUCCUAGUACAAGCACAUCAAGCAAAGAUCUUAGUUACGAAACUCCUCCACGCACGCUACCAGCGUUACCACAUCCUCCGCCGUUAACCAGAGGCUGUGAAUUUCUCUCAAGUGACGACGAAGAAGACGUGUCACAAGCAGGAUGCAGAGUUUCGAAAAAUUCGCCGCCCCCUGACAAACCAAGUUCCAACAACUACACCGAGCUACAGUACUUGGCAGCAAUUGGGAUCCUGCGGACAGCAACUGAAUCCAAACACCAUAGCACCCGCUUCUCUAACCACAUUCCUCGGGAAGACCAUACAGUGGAGAGCAGCUCCAGCGGUGUUUCCAUCACACCAACAUCCGCGAGGCUUAGGGAUCAGACCGAGAAGCGAGCCAAACUAAAGAUAUCCUACCGCAUUCAUCGACUCUCGCGAGAGGUUCAAUUCGCCCUCCUAAUAUACGAACACUUCCCUACCCGCUCGUCCACUGUCCGGAGGAACCUCUUCAGCGAUGCUGGUGAAACCCAAAAUCUCAACGAUAUCGACGAAGAAUCAGUCUCUUCAAUUUCCCCCCAGCAGACGAAUGAUGACUCGCUUGUGGGACAACCACUCCCUGAGUCAUCACCACCACCACCACCACCACCAGCAUCAUUGGAGCUCCCCGCGGUGCAACGGCUAACUCCCCAGCUACCCCUGACACCUCCGGGAACUCCACUCAAGCGACGUCGCUGCAUUCCUCCACAACGGUCUCGACCGGUGAAUGAGUUUAUCGUGAUAUCGGAAAGCGGAGGCGGCGGUGGCGGCGGCACUAGCAGUGCUAGCAGUACCGGUCACUCAUCCCGCAAAAACAACAACACUCAGCAAUCGUGCAAACGUAAGUCCUCUCAAGUGCAAGAAAGCCUCAGCGCAAAGAAAAACAAUUUUAUCCCCACCACCUGCAAACGGCUGCGAUUUUAAGGAGGAGCCUCAGUCAGCGCGCUAAAUAUCACGUAGUUGUUUGAAACAUCAAUUUUGAAAUAGUUCGUGUAACUGUACAUAUAUUUUUAAGUAUAUAUUUGCGAUAUUA